AUGACUGAACAUGUUGAGGAAAGAUACUGCAUCAAAAUUUGUCAAAAGCUUGGUGAUUCUCAUAGACAAACAAUUCUUAAGAUUCAGCAGGUGUUUGGAGAAGAUGCAAUGGGUGUAACACAAAUUAAGGAGUGGUUCAACCAAUUCAAAAAUGGCCACACGACAACAAAGAGUGACCAGCAUUCUGGUAGGCCCCAAACUGCUCGGAGUGCAGCUGUUGUUGAGAAGGUGCAAAAUUUGGUGAUGGCAGAUCAUCGUUUGACCAUGCGGAAGAUUGCCCAAGAGGUUGGGUUAACAGCAAAAUACACAGAGGAAAGACGACUUGUUGAAGAGAGGAACCUUUCAACAUUAAAAAUGGCCAUUGUAUAUGAGUACUGA